GGGUGUAUCAUUAAAAUCAAUAUAAUAAAAAUGAAUUUUUACUACAUUUUAAUAGCGUUUGCCUUUGCAAAGGUAGUACAUGCCUUUAACGUUCUGGCAGUUUUUAAAGAGGACUAUAAGAAACAGGUUGUCUUUACAAAUAACCAAAUCCGAUUGGCUUUCCAUGAAAAAAAAUUACAUAAUGCAAUUAAAUAUAUUCUUUGUGCAACUGACCAGAGAACCUACAGAUAUUCGAUGGUGGAUAUAGCUUUUAUGAUGGCUAUUUUACCGGAGUCUAUAGACAAUUUCACCAUACCAGAACUGCAACAACACAUAAAGUACCAGACAGAUAUGCAAACCGAAAUAUUUAGAGGCACCAAUCUCGCCGUGCCUCCAGUUCGCCCAAACUACAAUUUUGAUGACAAUUUAUAUCCAGAACUUAAACGGGACAGACGAUUUUUGAUUAAAGAAGCUACAGUUUAUUUAAUCCUCAACAAUAAAACUCUACCCGGACCAGAUUUCAGCGAGACCAGAAUUGGCGAUCUGUGUCGUCUAGUAGGACUAUUCAAAAGUAUAACAAACCCCGAUUCAUAUACAGUAUCUGCUGAGGUUGGUGAUUUGAAUACUUGUACUAUAACCGAUGCAGACAAUAAUGUUAGCAAAUACAGGCCUAUCAAAGGCCGUGUUUACCGAGUAGACACCGAUCCACAUAUAUUACUCCGUAGCCAAGCAUUGAGUGUCCAGUAUGUGUGAUUAGACCAUAAAUCAUAGGUGAAACCUAUCAACAAUUGUAUUUUACCAAUUUUAUUAUAUUUAAAUAACUUGUGCACUCUGUUCUAAUAUUAAAAAUUGUCAAU